AUGAACGCCGACCUGCCGCUUGACUCAGGGAAGCAAGUGUACGUCACCGUAUACGCCCUGCACGCUGGCUCGUUCUUUCUUCAGGACAAGGAGGUAUUUGAAGGUUCCCUGGGAUACUUCGCUUUCCUCGUGGAGCAUCCUUCGUAUGGGAGAUUGAUGCUCGAUUUGGGGUUAAGAAAGAAUGGCAAAGGGUACCCGCCUGCUUGGGACGAGACUUUGCAAGAAUUUACUGUCAAAUGUUCCAAGGAUGUGGUCGACAUUCUGGGAGAGGGACAUAUACAGCCUAGUUCGAUCAACACAGUCGACCGUUUGCAUUUCAACCACGUCGGGGAUCUUCUUCCAUUUGCCUCAGCGGAACUCGUGCUGGGCGCUGGAGCUGCGAACCUCAUGCAACACGCCUAUCCACAUGAUCCGGAAAGCCUCUGUGCGGCGUUUCCAGAAGGGCAGAAAGUCCGCUAUGUUCAUUUUGGCAAUGGCAUGCCGAUGUCUGAUCAAAUCAGUCCACUGGGCUCAUUUGACCAUGGCAUGGAUCUAUUCAAAGACGGCUCCUUCUACCUCAUCGAUGCACCGGGCCAUUUUCCUGUCCAUCUCGCCGCCCUGGCACGCGUUGCGCCGAAUAAUUUCCUCCUCCUUGCGGCUGACUGCUGCCACAAUCGUUUGUGCUACGAUCCCGGCAAGCGCCUUAUCAGCCACGAGAAUUACGACGAUAUCGAGACCGCUCGGGACACCGUGGAGAAGCUCAAGAUUAUGAACGGAUUGAAAAACGUUCUGCUCAUAUUGGCGCAUGAGAAGGAGCGGUUAGAUGAGAUGCCUCUGUUUCCCACGUCUCUGAAUGUUUGGGCGAGGAGAGAGCUUGAGAAUAAGGCGAAGAGGUCGGGGAGCGAAUGA